GCUGUUCACUAUGUUCCCAAAGUAAAACAAUUUGUUUAUUGAAUGCGUUAUUUAGCAAACUUAUAUACUGUACCGUUAGUGCACACUAAUUUGCGCUCAGAAAUUGCAUAAAUACGGUUGUUAACAAUGUGCUUGUUUAUUUCGGAAAGUAGAAUAUGGACCAUAUAAUUAGAAAUAUCCUGGUGUUCAUAAUGUUUGCGAUAAUCCAGAAUAGUGCAAGAAUUACCAAUGAAAGAGGACCAAAAUGGUUUGGGAUAGGUAUUGUGAGAAUAGCUAAUAGUGUCUGUACAGGUCUGAAUGGUCUGGAAGGGACUUGUUAUACAAGGCUUCAGUGUCGACGUGCUGACGGCUUUUCUUCUGGUGGAUGCGCUCAAAAUAUAGGCUCCUGCUGCGUCAUACAGCGCACAUGUGGUGAACAAUCAUCCCUGAAUAACACUUAUUUCUCAAACAUCAAUUUUCCAACGUCUGUAACUUCUGGAGGAAGAUGUGUCAUGACAGUGCAGAAGUGCAAUGCUGAUAUCUGCCAGAUUAGAAUCGAUUUCUUAUCCUCCACAUUAGCCCAGCCGAAUGCGAUAGGUGUGUGUAACAGCGAUUCCUUGGUCAUUACAGGUGGAGCUGGUCCUGUUCCUGUGCUAUGUGGGGACAAUACUGGCCAACAUAUUUAUCUGGAUUUUAACGGUAAUAGCAGCAUUGACCUGAUAACUUCAACAUUGGACGGUUUGAACAUAGGCAGAAAUUGGAACUAUAAGGUUACACAGAUUGCCUGUUCUUGCCCGACAAGAGCUCCAGCAGGCUGUUUGAUGUAUUAUACGGCACUUUCGGGUACCGUCACCAGUUUCAACUACGGCGCUUCGACGGCGAUAAACCCAGCAACUAAUCUUCUAGGCACAAGAGAACUGGUCAACGAGAACUAUGGAAUUUGUGUUGCAAUGAGUCCAGGCUAUUGUUCGAUUGAAUGGAGUGCCUGCUCGGAUUCGUCGUUCAUAGUUUCAGAUAAUGAUGCUGCUUUAAAUCCUCCAAGACCAUUAUUUGGAGAAGAUUGUGACGCUGACUUUGUAGUUAUACCCAACCCUUUUUUUCCUAAUGGAACUGCAGCUCCAUCAGAUAGGAUAUGUGGAAAUCGAUUUCCCACAGUGAUAACUUAUUCCAAACCCUUCGUACUCACAGUUGUCACCAAUGGAAAUGAAACAAGCACUCUAGGUCCAGAUGUAGGAAAUGUCGGUUUCUGUUUGAACUACAGACAGAGACUCUGCACUGCAGACACAGCCAUCAUGAGAUAAUAUUCUCAUCUUGAUGAAGCAAAAUAUUGUGUUCCAUUUUUGUUAUUAUAGUUAUGUAGGUUUUCAUUACAGGUUACAGGCCUCACAAACACCGUUAAAAUUAAACUAGGUAUGAGGUGAAUAUUUUGGUGUGUGAUAAUUGAAAGAAUAAAUAAACCGAAUAAGAACA